GAAGUUAUAAUAAAAAAUAUAUAAACACCACAUGAUUUUGUUUACAAAAUAUAAUAUUUUAGAUUUUUAUUAAAAAUUAAGUUAAAAAAUGGGCAAUUUUAAACAAGAAAAUAAGAAAUUCAAUCCAAAAAACAAAAACACAAAAAAUCCACCAGGAAACUAUAAAAAGCAGCACUCAAAAGAUUUCAAACCAAAACCGAAGCCUAAUCAAAACGCAAAACCAAAACAACAGCAACCACCCAGACAAAACAAAGGAGCAGAAAUCAUUCGACAGAAAAAACAAGCUGAGAAAGCGGAAAAAGAGCGUAGAAUAAUGGAAUUUAAGAAGAAACGUUUAGAGAAAACUAAAGUCAUUAGCAAAAAAACAUCAAGAGGCCAACCCCUCAUGAAGGACAGAAUGGAAUAUCUUCUCAAACAAAUCCAAGAAAUGAAAAAACACUAAAAUUUAAUUAGGUACUUUAAGAUAGAAAAUUAUCAUAAUGUAACUUUGUACUUUGUAAUUAAAAAAAAAGCUUAACUUUGUACAAAAUAAAUUCUUAAAUCAAAGUAGUUGAUUCUGAA